CGCUCAGUUCACCUGUGGCUGUCGUGGUGUGAGGAUCACUGUGCCGUUCAUCCUGGCUUAAACUUUUCUAUCACCAUGUUCUAUGCGUUCAGAUAGCAUUAACCAGACGGGAUAUAAGUGUGAUGGAGGCUCCAGUGAACGGCAUGAAGGGCUAAAAUGUGAUAGAAGUUUGCUUCCAAGGGCCAAAAACACAGAAAAUAGUGACCCAAAUCGUGUUUGUUUGGGGGAGGAGGUGGUGUAGAGGGAGGGGGUAAAGGAGAGGUGUUCGGUGCUAUGGUUCUUUCGGUGUAGUGUUCGUAUCUCCUGUGUUCUUUUAUGUUUUGUGUCUUGAUAUAAAGAUGAAGAUAACCGCCACGAAUUUAAUUCGUCUCAAUAUGAGGACUCUACUCAUCAGCAUCUGUGCCAUAACGUCGUUCAUUCAUGAGGUUGUGGGGGCCGACGUCGUGAUUCAAAUCCCGCCCGAGCGAGUCCGGGACCAAGACGGCUACUACCGCCUUGACUACUGGCCUCCGCAGGGGAAUCCCCCGCCCAAUUCCACCUUCACGCCCGCGGAGGUGGUGCAGGGGAUCCAGCUGACGAGGGCGCUGCCGGGGACCAAAUACGACUUCCAACUCUAUUAUUCCAAUGACACCAUCAGCGAUUAUCCCAAUUGGACGGCGUCCAUUACAACAGUUCCGCCGCCCCCGAGCAACCUGACGAUCCAAGUUCGGAGUGGGCGGGUGGCCCACGUGUCGUGGGACCCUCCGCGGACGGGUGGCUACUCUGCCUUCAAGCUCAAGGUCAUCCCCAUCUCCGAGUCCGAGAACAGCAUCACCAACUUCCCCAUCACGGAGAACCAGCUGCCCUUCGCCCUCAAGAAGCUGACGCCGGGGGCCUCCUACGAGCUGCAGCUCUACACCGUCUACGAGACCAAGGAGAGCGACGCCUACAUCUCCUCCAAUUUCACCACUAGACCCAACGCGCCUGGCAGGUUCAUCGUAUGGUACAGGAAUGAAACGACAAUGCUGGUGCUGUGGCAGCCACCUUACCCAGCCGGAAUCUACUCCCAUUACAAAGUGAGCAUCGACCCCAGUGAUGCCCAAGAGAGCGUGCUGACCGUGCCCAAAGCCGCCGAACCCCCGGGUCCUGCCCAAGCCGCCUUUUUGGGCCUGGUGCCAGGUCGAGCCUACAACAUCACCGUGGAGACCGUCAGUCAGGACCAGAUCUCUCUGCCCACGACGGCCCAGUACCGGACAAUCCCUCUGGCCCCCAGGAACAUGACCUUCGACCCAACCGUGACGCCCAACUCCUUCGUCGUGAGAUGGGAGGCCCCCGUUGGGAAGACAGAGUUCAACCGCUACCAGCUGAGCCUGGGCGUGAAGAAGAAGGCCUCCCCACUCGUCGUCGACGGGGACGCCCGUAGAGAAGCCACCUUCGAGGGACUCGAACCCGGCAAGACCUACAACGUCUUCAUCAAGACGGUGUCGGGAGCUGUCGCCUCUUGGCCCACCACGGGGAAUGUCACCACAAGACCCUUGCCCGUGAUAGACCUUCAGGCCAUUGAGAGCGAAGAGACACGAGAGGUCACCCUCACUUGGAAGGAUGCUGAGUUCUCGAUGCAAGAUCAUUACAAGAUCUUGUAUCAAGAAGUUGAAACCUUCAACGGAGACUCCAGAACCAAAGUCGUCACGGACACCGUAGAUGUAAACAAACUGUAUCCUGGUCGAAAUUACUCCUUGUCCGUGGCAGCCAUCUCCAAUGGUGUUGAGAGUGAAUCAACAAUUACAUACAUUGCAACCAAGCCAGCAUCACCCAUCAUAGAAGAGCUCCAGCCCAUUCCCAGAGGACUCAACAUAUCCUGGAAGAGUGAUGUCACCUCCAGGCAGGAGAAAUACGCCGUUGUUUACACCAGGAAUGACACAGCCAAGUCCGUAACGCGUCAGACAGUGGAUGCUCAUGUCCUGCUGACAGACUUGUUUCCUGGUGCUGGGUACGAGAUCAAGGUGUACGCCAUCUCUCAUGGCCUCUGGAGUGAGCCUCACGUGUAUUUCCAAGCUGUUUAUCCAAAUCCAGUUCGCAGUCUCACCAUAGCAGACAUGACCAAUACAACAGUGACUCUGGCUUGGCAAACUCCUAUUGAGUCCCUCUUCACUCAUUACAUUGUUAGGUAUCGAACAGUGGAGGCUAAAGACUGGCAAAGAUUGCCUGCCAUCAACACAACCAGAGCAGUUGUGGAGAACUUAGACCCAGGAGAGCACUAUAGCAUUCAAGUGAGGUCGGUUUCUCAUCGCGUAGAAAGCUUUACACCCGAGGAAGUAGAGGCAACUGUCCCUCCAAAUCCAGUCAGAGGCAUUGUUCCACUUCAAGAUUCAAAAAAUAUUACAUUCGAGUGGCCGCGGCCAGAGGGUAGAAUUGAUUACUACACCUUUGUCUGGUGGAAUGUAGACACUCCAGACAAAAAGAAAUCAAAGGAGGUACCAGGAACACAGGCUACUGAAGGUAUUGAACGAAAGUUGACAGUCUUAAUUGAAGAUCUCAGGCCAGGAGAGCUCUAUACCUUUGAGAUUCACACCACAGCACAUGAUGUUGAAAGUGAAACUGUCACCAUGUCAAUACGAAUGAGGCCAAUCAUCACAUCUGAGGUUACCUUCCUUAACCAGAAAGAGACAAGGUCGUUUACUUUGCGCUAUACAGCAACACCAACAAAAGAUGCCACAUUUGAUAGGUAUAGAUUUAAAUUAUCAGAUCCAACAGUACCAGUCAAGGAAAAAUCAGCUUCGGAUGAGGAUCGUAAGAUAAUUUUUGACAACCUUGUACCAGGACGAUUGUACAACAUCACUGCCUGGACAGUAUCAGGAAAUGUAACCAGCCAGCCACUCAUCCGUAAAGGUCGGCUCAGUCCUGAACCAAUCACUAACAUAAAUUCCACUCGUAUAUCAGACACUGAAAUCACCCUAGCAUGGACCAAACCUGAAGGAUACUAUGACACAUUUGAGGUACAAUACCUUGUGGAUGAUAUACUAUUCACAAACAGCACCAACCUCGACACCAUAACUCUAACUCGCCUACGGCCACACAGAAACUAUACCUUCACCAUCUUGACACGUGCAGGCAGUGUGGAUCAUAUCUUUAUGAGACAGUCAACACCUGUGUCUGCCACCUUCACUACAAGAGAAAGUACUCCUGGAGAGGUUGAGGUAUUUACUCCAGUGGAUAUCCGUCCAAAUCGAGUGACAUUCAAGUGGUCCCUUCCAAUAGAUGAACAGAAUGGAGUCCUCCGAGGAUUUAACAUAAAAUAUGGACUCAAGGGGACACCUGUAGAAUUGAUGGAUAAAAAGAACUUCAGUCCUGAGGAACUGCAGGGUUCAAUUACAGGUCUUGACCCAGGGAAAACUUACUCAUUCCAGAUUGAAGCCGUAACUAAAAUAGGGUCAGGACGGGUCAGGUAUUGGGAGCAAGAUAUGCCUAUCUGGGCUCCUCCAGAUCCAGAUUCUCUUGUUUUUCCAACUGAAGUCUCACGUACUUCUACAACUAUCCGCAUCCGUUUCCGCAAGAACUACUUCACAAAUGAAAAUGGCAAAGUUAUAUUAUACAGUAUAAUUGUUGCUGAAGAUACUUCAAAAAUUAGUACAGGUUUUGAAUUGCCUGCUUGGAAGGAUGUGCAAGGAUACACUGUUUGGCCUCCUUACCAGGUCAACGAACCCUUCUAUCCAUUCGCCAACUCUUCUGUAGUUGAUUUUGAUAUUGGAGUCGAGAAGGAUUGUGAGUUUAAGGUUAGCUAUUGCAAUGGGGAACUUAAGCCUGGUACAGAAUACAGUGUCAAGAUAAGAGCAUACACUGCUUUAGACAAAUUUGCCGAUACCCAUUUUAGUCAUCGUAUAACAACAGAUUAUGAGAGUGGAAAUGUUGGCCUAGCUGUAGGAAUUCCAGUACUUAUUUUGGUAUUGGUUGUGUUGGUGGUGAUGAUCAUGAGGCGCCGAUCAUGUCGACCUCCAGAAUCAAACGCAGAUAUUGGGCCAAUAGGUCUUCCUGACAUCGAGACAAGUCGACCAGUGACACUGCAGGACUUUGAGGCUCACAUCCGGUUCAUGUCUGCUGAUUCAGAGUAUCAUUUCUCUGAGGAAUAUGAAGCCCUAAAGUAUGUAGGGCACGACCUUCCACGAACAGCUGCAGACUUGGCUGUUAAUCGACCUAAAAACAGAUUUACUAACAUCCUUCCUUAUGACAGUACUAGAUUCAAACUCCAGCCAACAGAUGAUGAAGAGGGAUCUGAUUAUAUUAAUGCUAAUUAUGUCUCUGGUCACAAUUCACCCCGUGAGUUUAUUGUGACACAAGGUCCUCUGCCUUCAACUCGUGAUGACUUCUGGAGGAUGGUUUGGGAAAGCAAUUCACGAGCAAUAGUAAUGCUAACACGUUGCAUUGAAAAGGGAAGAGAAAAAUGUGAUCAUUACUGGCCUUAUGACAUGCAGCCAGUUUGUUAUGGUGAUAUCCAUGUCACAAUUAUAAAUGAGAGACAUUUCAGAGACUGGAAUAUUUCAGAAUUCAAUGUCUGUAAGGGUGAUGUGUAUCGAGUAGUUCGCCACUUCCAUUUCACAACGUGGCCCGACUUUGGGGUUCCUGAACCUCCACAAACUUUAGUUAGAUUUGUGCGGGCUUUCAGAGAACGGGUUGGACCUGAUCAAAAGCCGGUUGUGGUGCAUUGCAGUGCUGGAGUUGGUAGAUCAGGUACUUUCAUAGCACUUGACAGAUUACUCUUCAGUAUUCACCAGUAUGACUACGUAGACAUUUUUGGAAUUGUCUAUGAAAUGAGAAGAGAGCGGGUAUGGAUGGUACAAACAGAACAGCAAUAUAUUUGCAUUCAUCAGUGUCUUUUAGCUGUCUUACAAAACAGGGAGCAUGAUCAUCCACCAGCUGAAAUUCAUGAUAAUCCAGGUUUUGAUGAUGAUGAAGGAAUAGCUGAGUCGGGCAUGUGACAAGAGGCCUAUGGCUUGAAGCCAAUGAAUCCAUAUGAUAAAGGUCCGGGUACUAUGGGUAAUUCCUUGAAGCCUUACAGUAACAAGGGUCCCAGGCCAAAUGGGAAAUAGCAUAAGAUAUAUAAUGAUAACAGCGAUCAGCUGCAGAACAAAUCUUUCUUGUUCAUACGCGAACAAACCCUCGUGCAUUGACAUUCAUUCCUAAUCAAUGGACAGUGUAUGAAGGUAAUUUUACAAAUUAACAUUAUAUGUAUUAUACAUAUUUCAACAAGAUAUCUUUUGUAGGUUUUGCAAAAGGUUUGGAGUUGAUAAUUACAGAGGAUUUUGUAUAAGAGACCUCUGAAUAAUUCAGGAUAAGCCCAGCAAUGAACAAUUGAGCCUUCUCAUAUAAAACAUGUGUUGUUAUAGUUGUAUUCCAACAUACUCUUGUGUUAUAUAGUGCAUAAUCAGAUUUAUUUACAGUCUACUCAUAUUUUACAAACUGGGCUGAAGUGAAAAGAAACAUCUUUGAUAUGUAUGACUUAAUGAGAGAGAGAGAGGGAGACACCCAUGAUAGUUAAUUUUUGACUUUCUAUGGAAUUAACACUUUUUCUUCCUUUACAUUUACAUGAUUAGUAUUACCUCCUUUAUUUUCCAGCCUUUGGCUCAGUCAGUUUAUGCAGGCUUCCCUGACAGGAAAAUAUCAUUUACAUAAUAAGGUAUUUACAUCUUGAAUGUUCAAGGAGUGCCUUAGCUUUAUUCCUUGGGCAGCAUAGUGGAAAAAUAUCGAGGGGAGAAAAUAAUUGCAGUAAGGGUUGGUAACUGUGUUGAAGUAACAGAAUCUUACAUUCAAGAUCAAGAGUAACAUUAGAAGGGAAACAUAAAAGGUCCCAGAACUCUACCCUGCAGAACCCAAACAAUAUUGAAAUUUACUGCUGAUCCCUGGUAAAUUUCUGAAGAUCAAGUAUUUAUCCUCCAAUUCAACACCUAAGUUAUUAACUUCAUAUAUCCAUUUCUGUAAGGUAAUUUCUUAAAAUAAACAGGUCCCUUUACCCAAUACUACUGUAUGCACUAAACUUUGACUCAAAAAAUACAAAUACUACUGUAUGCACUAAACUUUGACUCAGAAAAUACACUGUACAGUAGUCAUUUCUUAUUAAUCCAAAAUUACAGUAGAAAUUGUUUGAAGAAAUCAGUUAAACUUAUCUAGUUACACAUUUGAGUUUUGUAACAAAGUGUUAUAGUUAUAGUACAAGAGGGGUUUCUCUCAAGUAAGCUUAAAGAGCAAAACUAUUUUAUUUAGUUUCAUAUUAAGAAACAAGAUUGAUAUUUUUUACACUGAGUGGCCUUCUUUCUGAGCUUUUAGAAACAUCUUUGGACUUAAUGUCAUAUUUUGAUUAAAAAAUCAACAUACUCGAUUGCCUAUGAACAUUUUAGUCAUGUAGUAACCCAAGUGCCAUAAGAGGUACCGCAUGGUAGGUAAUAAAGUGCUCUGCAGCUUCCCUUCAGUUUCAGCAGCCUUGCAUACAAAAACAUUAAUUUUUACCUGUUUCCUUUGGUCUCUUCUCUGAUGUAAGAACAAAUCACUCAGGCUAUAGUAAAGUGACUGAUACUGCCAGUUUUUCUGAGAUGGCUUUUCAACUACUGUAAAACACUGUCACUGUGUCCCCUGAAUCAGUACACAGAUGUACAGUUAAGAUUUGUGAUCUAAUCCUGGGAACAUUUGAUCUCUCCAGAAUCAUAUGAAAGGAUGAUGUGGGAGGAUUACUACAACAAUAGUGUUUUGAAUUUGUAAUUGUCGCACUUACAAUUAAUUCAAUGCGCUUGUCUACAGUUCGUGUUCCUUGUGUUUUUUACAAAUUUAUUCUCUCUCUCUCUCUCUCUCUCUCACACAGUUUACAAGCUUUAAAGUUUGAAACUUUAAAAUUUAAAUGCAGUUGCAGCUCAACUGCAGAUUGCCAUGACAAAAGCAUGCACAAACUUGAAUGCUGACCUGAGAAUUUAAAAAUACUCAAACCAGUCAUAACCAUAUGGGUAGCCAAAACAAUGUUUUCUUUUAGUGCUAAUAUGCUGUGGCCAUGAAGGUCAGGGUAUUAGUAUUUUUCUAUGCACAUAACACUAUUUAGAUAUUUUUUUAAAUCUCUGGUAACAGUGAUUGAUAACUGGAAAAGUUCAGGUGCAGAUACUCUAAUUUAUCAAUGCUCUUUGAUUCUAAAAAUGUAUCAUAUCAUUAAUAAAACUAGAAUGAAUUUUUAACACUGAUAUGUUCUUGUAUUUAUGGUACAGCAAAAACUACUAGUUGAAAAGUGUUUAAACACUAGUGCCAUUUAAGUUUAUGGAUUAUAGUACAUUUAUAAUACUGUAAAAUACUACGUGUAGUAGUAAUAGUACUCCGUCCUUAAAUAAUCUUAUGUAAAUAAAAUAUAUUUUUUAAUACAUUCUCAGAGAUAACUUUAUUAUGUAUAUACCCCUUAUGAAAGGUUGUUGUUAUAAAGAUAAUUACGAUAUAUUAUAUAUAUAUGAUGUACAGUGAAUAUAUUAAAUUGCUUCCUUCAACUCUGCCACUACUAUAAUAUGUCAAAACUAGAUUUUUCUUUGUAACAAAAAAUACAUGGCUGUGCUAACUCUUCCUUAAUCUUUGUUGUAAUUCAGGAUACUGUGCUUGAAGAGACUAGUGUUCUCUCUACUUUGUGAUGUCAUGAAAAUUGUGGAAAUAUUGUUUCUUGAAAUCUUCAAAAUGCUUUCUUGAUUUCAUUCAGAAUUGUAUCUUUAAAGUACCUUGUCUUUCUGAGGCAUACUUUCUAAUAAUUAGAAAAUGCCACCAAAUCUAAUUAGUACUUUGAUUCAGAAUAAAUUUUUUUGGCACAAAAUCAGUUAAAAGAUGAUUAAUUGUCUUUAAUAGUUUUUAAAAUUAUUUAAAUUCAUAAUCUUUCCUCAGCUUCAAGAUUUUCUUAAAUGUUCUUUCCAUUACUUUUUGUUGGUAUGGCUUCUCUGUGAUCUUAAUUGUCUUUAUUGCAUGAAUUCUUCAUGCUUCUGUUUUUCCUAGUCCACUUUUCAAGCCUUAUUUUGGUUUUUGCAGUGUACUUACUUGAAUUUAACCUCUGACCUAUGUGAAGCGUUUUCUUAAGAAUUAUAUCUUUGAACACAUAGCUAUAUUUUUAUGACUUAAAAUGACAACUUCAAAAUGAAAUUGUAAUGCUAUUUUUAUACCAUGUAAUUUUUUUUAAUAGUGUACCCUGGUAUGUAAAUAAUCUCAGGCACUUUACAUAAUUUUCUAUUUUAGAUUGAAAAACAGUACAUAGUAUGAAAUUGCUGUUGUUUGCUGAGUAAAGUUUUGUACAUUAUUUUGUACAGUCAUAAAAGACAGUUUGUAUCUGUAAAUCUUCCAGUCUAGCUUCCCCAUUAAUACAUGGUAGUAGUUCUUGGAUUAUCAAACUUUCACAGAUGCAGAAAAGAGUAAAUUAUUAGAAUAGUAUUCAUUAUUUGUAUUAACAAAUAAUUUUCAUUGCUGACUUAAUGAAAAGCUAGAUUUCUACUAUAAGUGAAAGCUGUUACAGAUUUAUGUAUAUAGUGUACAUUAAAAAUUUACAUAUCAAUAUUGGUUGCUCAUUGUACUUAUUUUCAAAAUUCUGUUAUAUUUGUAUGUAAUGUACUCUUUCUUUCAGCCACUGUAUAAUACCCAU